AUGAUAAAGGACCUGGACAGGCACCGGACGAAGAGGUCGACGUUCUUCACCACGGGGGUGAAAAUAUGUCCUCAAGAGAAGAUGAAGGAGGUAAUCUCCAACCAUCGGGCCUACUACAAACUUAGAGUUUGUCAGGAAGCGAUAUGGGAGGCCUUCCGUAUCUUCAUGGACAGGGUUCCUAAMUCCGAGGAGUACAAACACUGGACCUACGCCUGCCAGCAUGGCUCUCUCUGUCUGGAUGAGGUGGCCAGGAACUUCAGUAGUACCCAGGAACACAUUGACAUGGUGGCCAGAAGAGUUGCUGAACAGGAGAAGAUCCAGAAAGAAAGCCCAAACAACUUGGGUGACAGGAUGAUCAUGAUAACAGAGAUUCCAAACAUUGUAACAGAUGAGGAGGUUAUUGAGGAGCAGAUAGUGGAGUUCAGUGUCACCAUAGCUGACCCUGGCUACAGUGAACUUCUUCUGAGAGACCCUGCAGCUCCCCAGUACCAUGACAUCACACGCAAUCUCCACGAUACGAUGGUUCACGUUUUUGACAAACUUCCUGGGUAUAAAGAUCUUCGUGUUUUGGGAUUUCGGUUGGUUGAAUUUAGAUCUGAUGAUGUGUCAGUCCGCUAUGCUGUGGUGUUUGAGACGAAUGGAGAAGACCAUGACACAGAAUCUAGACCCACUCUAGAACCAGGCACAGGGACAGUUGUUUACACAAACGGGCACAGACUGAAGGAUCUGGUUUCCAAGGCCUUGAGCGAAGAGACAUCCCUGCCUGUGGACAUACAAACACUCAGUUUUGAACCUGAUCCCACUGUUUCUCUACGCGAUGAGUUGGAAGCGACUACCUUGGAGACCUUGCUAGAGGAGGUUGCUGGGCACACUGAAGGUUUCUUACCAACUGUUGCUGUCGGAGAGGAAUUUCUUAAAGCUUUUACAGACACACCUGAGGAACUCACUGUUGUGCCUUUAGGUGACUCAGUUACUGUUCUUCUCACUGAGGCUACCACUGCCUCCCCUGCCAUUGAAGUAACCCCCAAUUCUCCCCCAGAGGAACUUAGUGAGAGUUCUCCCUCAGAAGAAGUAGAGUUGCCUCCAGUGGCGGCUACAGAUGAGAUGCUUGAGGUAGAGGCUACAGAGGAGAUGCUUGAGAUAGAGGCGCCUGCAGUGGAUGUUACAGAGGAGACGACUGAGGUAGAGGAGCCUGCAGUGGAUGUUACAGAGGAGACGACUGAGGUAGAGGCGCCUGCAGUGGAUGUUACAGAGGAGACGGUUGCGGUCAAGGAGCCUCCAGUGGAUGUUACAGAGGAGACGACUGCAGUAGAGGAGCCUGCUGUGGAUGUUACAGAGGAGACGACUGAGAUAGGCUACAGAGGGGACGCUUGAUGUAGAGGGACCACAGUGGAUGUUACAGAGGAGACUUUAAAGUAGAGGAGCCUCCAGUGGAUGUUACAGAGGAGACAAUUGAGGUAGAGGAGCCGGUGGAUAUUACAGAGGAGACGAUUGAGGUAGAGGCUACAGAGGGGACGCUUGAUGUAGAGGAGCCUGCAGUGGAUUCUACAGAGAAGACGAUUGAGGUAGAGCAGCCUCUAGUGGAUGCUACAGAGCAGACAAUUGAUAUAGAGGAGACUGUGGAUGCGACAGAGGACUACCUUUGGGUUAAGCCACCAUUUACAACUCUGGCGGCCAUUAUGGAACAGCCUGUCACUAAGGAGAUACUUGGUCUAGAGGAGACUGUGGAUGCGACAGAGGACUACCUUUGGGUUUGGCCACCAGUUACAAGAACGGUGGUUACAGAACAGCCUACCACCGAAAUGAUUACUCUCUUCCCCCCUGAGGAAGAUGCUGAGGAGACCCUCCCAACUGUUGAACCUAAGGAAGAUGAAGGACCCACAACUACUGAGGCGGCUUUAGAGGAGCAACCAGACGGAGACAAUCAAAUGAUCACCACUACAGCAUCUCUACACGUAGAACCUGCAUCCAUCGAAACAUUCACCACUGCUACACAAUCACCAAACAUGCCUUUAUCUGAGGAUGAUGUCAUCCAAGCAGAGCCUGAGGAAGUCCCCUCAGCAAAUAUUCCCCCUGGACCUUCAGAAGGAUGGGACACUCUCCAAAAARAGGAACCACUUGAGACGGACGUGGAUAUCUCUAAUGACUCGGACAUGCAGAAGGAUGUAGAAAAGGUAGAGGACGGUACAGAAGCCGCCAAUACGCUGGACGAGUUUGGCAGUGGAUUAGAAGGCCCAUUUGAGUCCACCGCACCCCCAGCGCUCACACACAUGAACACUCCUUUAAUGGCCAGUACUGGAAAAGCCAAAGAAAUGGUGGUGUUCUUUAGUUUGCGAGUCACUAACAUGAUGUUUUCAGAGGACCUGUUCAACAAAAGCUCUCCUGAGUACAGGUCAUUGGAGAAUACCUUU